GCCAAUCCUCAAAUGCUGAACAGUCGUUUAAAGAAUCGUAUUGCUUAUGGCGGUCUAGGAACAAUUGAUCUAUUCAAGAGGAGUUGGAAAGAUUUGUCGGAUUACAUUUACUUGGAGGUUCCGAUGCUACGAAGAGAAAAGAAGGCAAGUUGCACACCAAAUCUGAUGCGCAGAAAUACGAGAAACUACCAUAAAGAUUCGCAGGCAAUGUCUACUUCGUUGAUGAUUCAGCUACCAGUGGUUGUUGUGGGUCGCCAUGAUUAUGAUACUUAUAAAGACGCUAUUGAACGAUUGAAAGACACUGGUACUUGCGUCUAG